AUGUCAAAUGAAAAAAGUUUGUCAGAUAUUUACAAUAAUCCAUCUACAGAAUUGAUAAAAAGCGCUAUUAAUAAUGAUAAUACUUCAGAACAAAUAGAUAUAUCAAUGCAUAAUUCACAAGUUUUUUUAAAUAAAGUUAUUGAUGAAUUAUGUAACGUGUAUAAUAAAGAAGUCAUGAAAGGAAAUCCUAUAAGCUCAAUCCUUUAUUCAAUAGAACAAUAUUUUAUAAAUAAGCAGCAAAACCCAGAAGAAAUAAUCAACUUAUAUAACAAACUAAAUAAGACGCGAGAAUGA